AUGUUUGAACAAGUUCAAUAUGUAUCAAUAAGAUUUAAAUCAUCAAGUUUAAAAAAACAUUUACAAAAAGUUCAUAAUGAUCCUUUUAAUAAUAAAAAGAGAGGUGAAUUUUAUAGAUCAAGAGCUGCUUUUAAAUUAAUUGAAAUUAAUGGAAAAUGUAAGUUGUUUGAUUCAAAGACUAAAAAUAUAGUCGAUUUAGGUUUUUCUCCAGGAGCUUGGAGUCAAGUGGCUGUUAAGAAAGUUCAGGACCAAAAAAUACCAUACAAAAUUUUGGGGGUUGAUAUAAACCAAGCUAUACCUGUUAAAGGAUGUCAUUAUAUUCAAGGUGAUGUGACGAAAAAAUCAACUCAUGAUAAAAUUGAGGAAUUUUUUGAAGGUGAGAAACUUGAUCUAAUAAUUAGUGAUAUGAUGGUCAAUUGCACUGGUCAUGAUCAUCAUGAUCAUAUCGGAAGUAUGGAAUUAUGCAAUGCAGCACUUAUAUUAGCAUUCAAUCAACUAAAAAUUGGAGGAAAAAUUGUAAUGAAAGUAUGGAACGGAUCAGAAAUCAAAAUACUAGAAUCAAGAAUGAAAGUAUUAUUUGAAAAAUUAAUUAGAAUGAAACCUGAUGCAAGUAGAUCUGAAUCAAGUGAAAUAUUCUUUGUUGGGUUGAGAAGAAAAGAUUCAAACAUUACAUUACAAGAUUUAUUCAAUUAA